AUGCCCCCUACAGAACAGAUUCUCCAAAAUACACUUGAGCAUUCAAGCAGUAUGGAAAUCGACAUUUAUGAUGAUAAGGGGAAAGCCCAUCAUAUGCACCCAAAGAUUCCUUCAAGGAUUCUUUCAAAGGGAAAAGAUCUAAGGGAAUUUCAUUACAUGAUACACCAACGUCAAUGGGUUCUGGAUGAACAAGCUUUAAAGGAAGUGGCAAUAUAUCAGAACAACUUAAACGGCCCAAUUCCAUGGGAGUUUGGAAGGCUGUCAGAGUUGCAACAAGUGUAUUUGUGGGGAAACCAACUCACUGGAGAAAUACCCACCUCACUGGGCAAUUGGACUCACCUGCAAAGGCUGGAAUUGGCUCGCAACCAACUGAGCGGCACAGUGCCCCUGGAAUUCGGGAAAAUGCAGCAGCUGAGAUGGUUAAGUUUGUCUGACAAUCAUUUAGUGAGUGGAAGCAGUGGUUUGUCUAUUCUAAAAGUGUUAACUAACUGCUCCGGCUUGGAAAUCCUUGAUUUGGGAUCUAAUUAUCUCACUGGCAUCUUGCCCAUUUCAAUUGGUCGCCUUUCAAAUUCACUUUCAGUUUUAGGUUUGUACUCAAAUGAAAUUGGGGGAAAUAUACCAGAUGAGAUUGGUAAUCUAACAAACUUGACAACGGUAUGCCUAGAUGCAAACAGAUUCAAAGGGACCAUUCCAUCUGCACUCAGUAAACUUCCGAAUUUGGAGAGACUAACUUUGGACACAAACAAUUUACACGGAAGAAUUCCAAAAAGUUUUGGCCAAUCAAAAAGGCUUGGAUUGUUGUCACUCAGUGAGAACAUGCUUUCAAGACAAAUUCCAGACAGUCUUGGCAAGCUUCCACAAUUAAGAAGGCUUUAUCUUGAUCACAAUCAGCUAUCAGGGAAAAUACCUGCCAGUUUAGGGAGAUGCAAGACGCUGGAAAUGGUGUACUUGUUGCACAACAAGCUAACAGGAAAUAUGCCUCCUGAAGUUGCAGGUCUUCAGAAUCUCCAAUUCUAUUUCAACGUUUCCGGAUAUUUAUUGCAAGGUUCUAUUUUGGAAAUGAGCAAAAUGAUUAUGGUUUUAGCCAUAGAUGUUUCUCAAAACAAUUUCUCUGGUAGCAUUCCCAGUGCAUUGGCAAGUUGCAAGGGGCUGGAAUAUCUAAAUCUUUCCGGAAAUGCAUUUGAGGGGCCAAUCCCUGCAUCACUAUCAGAUUUGGAAAAUCUGAAGUACAUGGAUCUUUCUUGCAAUAAUUUGUCGGGUACAAUACCGGUGGCUUUCAAAAAGAUGAAAAUGCUCCAACACCUCAAUCUCUCUUCAAACAGGUUAACUGGAGAGGUCCCAAAGAGAGGAGCUUUCGCAACACUUGAUGCCUCAGAAGUUAUGAAAAGUCUUGGCCUCUGUGGUGGAUGGAUAAACUUGUCGCCAUGCUCUCAUCCCAAUCACAAACAUCCAUCAGUCUCCAAAAAGGUAAUAAUUCCUGUUGUAGUCGGCAUUGCAAUUUUUAUCAUGUCUCUUCUACUGGUAGUAGUUUCCUAUAGAUCAUGUAGACAUUCCAGUGUCCCUGCUCUUAACGUAUGGCCUCCAAAAAUUUCAUAUGAAGAACUUGUAAAUGCAACUGGUCGGUUCAAUGAUGAAAAUCUUUUAGGAAUGGGCAGUUUUGGAUCUGUUUAUAAAGGGAUUCUAAAGAAUGGUAAAAAUAUUGCUGUUAAAGUUCUCAAGUUGCAAGAUGAACAUGCUCACCAAAGUUUCAGCAGAGAAUGCAAUGCAUUGAAGAGAGUUCGGCAUCGGAAUGUAAUUAAAAUCAUUUUAGCAUGCUCCAACCUUGAUUUUAAAGCUCUAAUUCUUGCAUUCAUGUCAAAUGGAAGUUUAGAGAAAUGGCUAUACCCUCCUGAAGGGGGUAUAUGCAAAUUAAAUUUGAGUGAUCGAUUAAGGUUAGCAAUGGAGAUAGCACAAGGAAUGGCAUACCUUCAUCAUUAUUACUUUGUUCAAAUGAUUCACUGUGACCUCAAGCCCAGCAAUGUUCUAUUAGGAGAUGACAUGACUUCAUACAUAGCAGAUUUUGGCCUUUCCAACAUUAUUUUUGCAAAUUCCAUGGAUUCUUUGACUUCUACAGAUGCACUUAAAGGAUCUGUUGGCUACAUUGCACCGGAGUAUGGAAUGGGUGGAAAUCUUACUACGAAAGGAGAUGUGUACAGUUAUGGAAUUUUGAUUUUAGAGUUGUUGACAAGGAAGAGACCAACAGAGGAUAUAUUCGGUGAAGGAAUGAAUCUACAAAAAUGGAUAGAAAUGCAUUUUCCUAAUAGAAUCUCAGAUGUGGUGGAUAAUUCUCUGCUAAUAGAUGCUCAUGAAUCAGAGACAUCAAUAGUAAUGGAAUGCCUUACUCAAUUUAUACAGAUUGGGCUGUUUUGCACAAGGGAGUCACCUCAAGAGCAACCUGAUAUGACUAAGAUAAUUGAUAUAUUAAAUACAAUUAGAGGUGCAUUUCUUGGUACCCCUAAAAAUCCUCAAUUACCAAUAGAUAUCACACCUUUUAUUGAUAAUGAAAGAAAUAUGAAAAUGCCUAAGAAAGAAAAUAGGGGAAGUUCAUCUCUGUCUACAUCCUAA